CCAGCAGCUUCCUCAGACCUGCUCUGUGCACACUGCUCUCAGGCCUGCCCUGCAGCUGUGACAUGGAGAGAGUGACCUGGGGCCUUCUCUUUGCACUGGCAGGCAUGCCUGCCUUUGAAGCCAAUGAUCUGGUUGAUAAAUAUAGCCCCUUCUAUUACGACUGGGAAGGCCUGCAGCUGGGUGGGACAAUCUGCGCAGGGCUCUUGUGCAUCGUUGGACUCUUGUUCAUCCUAAGUGGCAAAUGUAAAUGCAAGAACAAUCAGAAGCAAAGCCCCUUACCUGAGUAGGCUGUUCCAUUCAUCACUUCAGGCUCUGCCAGUACCUGCUGAGCUCAGGACCAGCUUUGUGGCACUCCCAGUGCCAGAUCCUAUGCUGUUCCCUCCCUACUUGGAGGCCUUUCUAUGGGUUGACCCUUAGUCUCCCUUCUGAUCAGGAAGCUGCCCAAAGCUUAUUUCUAA